CAACGUCGUACUACACGACUGGAGCUAUUGAAGGUUGCAGAAGGAGCUCUCAUAGCUUCAGCAACGGACUUCCAGCAUGCUCAAGGACGUCAUCAUCGAACUCCCGGGUCACGGGAGUCUCCGAGGCUCCCUUUGCGGUACCACCGCCCACAGAUUCCUCGGCGUGCCAUAUGCUCUGCCUCCCACCGGCGAACGGCGAUGGCAGAGGCCAGUGCCCCUGCCUGAGGAUUUCGUGUAUGGCCGGCCAGGCGAGCCGCGAGACUGCACGCAGUAUGGGGGGUUCUGUCCCCAGCCUGACUACAUGAUGAAUGGUACGAACAUAUCUGCCGUGCCAGGAGCCACGCAUUCGGAAGACUGCCUCUUGCUCAACAUAUGGCUUCCGGACGCACAGCCACCGGCCAACAAGAAGUGGCCAGUCUAUGUCUGGCUGCAUGGUGGCUGGCUGCAGAUGGGCAACCCCUGCAUGACGAACAAGACCGACCCUUGGGAGCUCGUCGAUAGGGCUGGUGCAGACCUUGAUGCUAUCGUGGUUGCAGUAGGCUACAGACUCAACAUCUUCGGCUUUCUGGCAGGCGAGGGUGUGGUUGGCAACUUUGGAUUUUGGGACCAACGCUGUGCCUUGCAGUGGAUCCAGAAGCACAUAUCUGCCUUUGGCGGCGACCCUGUUCGUGUCACCUUGGGAGGAUUAAGCGCAGGCGCGUACUCGACCAAUGCUCAGCUACAAUAUGAGUUGAGGCACGGCAAUGUCGACCAGCCGCUCUUCCGGAACAUCUUCAUGGUGUCCAACGCUAUUGCCGUGCAACCCAAAUCAAUACAAGAAGCUGAGGACCAGCUGCAAGAUGUGUUGACCACUUUGAAAAUUGACCAGUCGCUCUCACGGAGUCAGCAGCUUGCCGAACUGAGGGAAAUCCCUCAUCAGGAUCUGAUUUCUGCAAUGCCAUCUUUUCGGCUAGACACCUUCCGAGCCGUCACAGAUGAAGACUUUGUUCCAGGAGGCAUGAUCGAGCAGUUGCGAGAUGGGACCCUCGCAAAGGCUUUUCAAGAACGGGGCAUGAAACUCGUGAUCGGCGAGGCCGAGUCGGAGCAACAUAUGUACGCAGCCAUAAAUCCCCCGGCGUCGCUCGAAAUGAUGCAGACCGCGCUGGAGAACUACUACCCUGCUGCAAUCAGCGCCAAGGUCUUGGCCAAAUACCGCGAUACGGAAAGCGACCCUGCAAAGUUGUACGGCACAAUGACAUCCUACCUUCAAGUGCGCGCCCCGAUCAGAGCAUUUGCCAAAAGCUUGGUAGACGCAGGGGUGCCGCUCAGCAGCAUUUACCGCUACAGAAGUGACUUUCGGGCAGCGUGUAUGGACAAGUACAUCGCACCUGAGCUUGGAGUGACCCAUGGCUGGGACAUGUACGUGUGGUGGUACACGGCACGAUUUGGCUACAGUGAGCUGGAGAAGACUGCUAUCAAGGACUGGCUUGGCCGCUCGCUCCAUCCACUGAUCCACGAUCAGCCUUUCGACUCACAGUGCACCAAGAUCGACCAGUAUACGAAAUUUUAUUCGGAUGGUACUAUAGGGGUUGUGGAGGAUGAUUACUGGAGCGACAUGAUUGCGCUAGACGAGCUCUGCACACGAACAUAGGAGACACCAGGCUGUUCGCUGGCACGUUUCGAGAUGCACGAUUGCUCCUUGUGGUCUUGUGGCAGUUUAACUUGGCAAAACUAAUCUCUCACCAACCUAUGUGGCUCGUCUCAUCCUCAAAAGAAUGGUC